GUUAGUAGGUCCCUUUUCCGUCAAUUUCCGUCAACUAUUUGCCCUGCAUAUAGUCUCCGUACAAAUUCGUCUCUCUCACAACGUCUUCAUCCCGUUUAGGGUUUUUUAAAUGUCUUGCGGUUACUAAGAGCCGAUUCAGUGCAAUUGUUCAACCGCAAAACUUCCACGGACAGUUCCUACAUAUAAAAGGGUGACGACAUGGCCGAAAUUCUCUUCCGCUUUCACUCUGCUAACUUCACGAUCUCCCCAGGUAUGCUUUUCAAAACUAUUGAAUGCUCUAUCUUCUAGCAAAGGAAAUGAUUACUGAAAUUUUUGGGUCGUGCUGUUAUUUUGCAAAAUGUAUCUGUACGUUCUUACUAAAUCUACACACCUUUCUCAAGCCACCUUCUUCACAACUAUAACUAUUUUUCUGUGCUACACAUAUCAUGGUCGUCUACAACAUGUUUGACAAAAUGUUUACGCCAAUUGACGUCCUAUGUUUACACAGGUUUUUAUUUACAUGUCUAAAUUUUCAUUGGUACUUUUAGAGCACUAAAUAAGAAACGAUUGUGAGUUCUGUGACUUCUGUCUUCAUCUUGUGCAUAAAAGACACCUAAAAACAAAGACUAGAUAACUAUACGUUACUGAAAUGGAUUGACGAUAAAUUAAACUCACAUGCUUGCUGGAAAAAACACACAACCUUGAAGGUCUAAAUAUUAUACAUGAAUGCACUUUUUAACGAUAGAGUAUUAUCAUGCUUGAAAAAGAACUAUCUCACCUAUGCUUCAAAUGACUUGGUAAAUCUGUUUGUCUCUAGGUUUUACAAACUUUCAACUAAAAUUAAACAUUGUUUGAAGUCAACAGUCAACUACUGCUAAACUCUUGGUUUUACAAGUUUUUCACUUAAUUAAGAAAACAAAUAAAAGGUGCUACAACUCAACAUAGAUGUUCUCUUAAUUGAGGGUCCUCUGUGUUGGAAAAAGUGUGUUAAAAGUGUAUUAAAUGGUCAUUUUGGGGCAAUUAUUUGAGUGGGGUCCACUUCCGAUUUGGGUCGGGUCAAAGUGGUUUCGGAUUGUCCUUGCUAAGGGCUACAAUUCGAUAUAUGGUACACUCAAAACGGAUAACGGGUGAAUGAGAAAUUGUUUUUCGAAGUUUACCCGUUGGAAUGGAGAAAACUAGGAAAAUGUGGGUUUUAGUGUGGGUUCUUUCCCACACCGAAAAUCACAAGGGAAUUUGAACCCUUUAUAAAGGGAAACCCCCCCUAAGGAGUUAAGAUUCCUAAAGGGAAAGGCUCUCUCAUGCGCGCAGGGGGUGCGAAUCAAAUCCCGAAACCGAAGAACAAAAACCGCGACUUGCGUGUGCGGGCGACCUGCGCACACGAAUGCCGUCCGAAAAUCUAUCUUCAUAUGAACGUUUUGGGUUGUUUAAGGACUGGAAUCAAUGCCCAACGUUUAGGACAUUGAUGUCCAACGAUCAUAACCCUUAAACAGCCAUUAACACACCUUAAUCCACCCCUAUAAAAGGCUAGUAGGUGCUUUGCAAAGAAACGACCUUUCAUACACUUCGUUCACGUAUUUUCAUAGCUAAAACAUCACCUCUAGCACUCCAUACAAACUCCUUCGGUGUUCUGCUUUUGUUCACGUUCGUUGGAACUUUAGUUUGAGUGCUAAACUAUUGUUCGAAGUCAUCGUAUCCUGGGAAACGAUCGUUGCAACGCUCCUAGCACCCCGGGAGGCAACGAAUACGUUUUAAGGAAAUCGUACGUAGCAUGAGCUUUGGCUUAUUCUGCUUCGUCUCAUUUCUUGUUUGUCUUGAAGUCAUUUUAUUUAAUUAAUCUUUAUUAAUUAAUUUUCUUUGUUUUUCGAAACACACCCAACAAUCUUAAAACGUAUUCGGUGAUUGUUUUACUACGGUAAACAAUCUUAAAACUUGUACUUUGUCACCUUGGUGAACGAACUUGUUUUUCUGUGCUUUAGAAUAACGUAAGAAACGAAAAAUGACUUCUCAAAAAAAUGAAAAUGUUGUUGGGCAGAAUGCUUUGAACGGUUUGAACGAUAAUCACUCUGAAAGCGGAGCUCCGGUGAACAAUAGUUCACAACGCGGUGCAUCUGCUUUGGUUAACCAAAUGGCUAUCCCUAUGGUGACCGUGCCGAGCAACUCUGUGGAGAAACCCGAAAAAUUUAAUGGGUUAAACUUCAAGAGGUGGCAGCAAAAGAUGCUUUUCUAUCUCACUACUCUCGGUCUUGCACGUUUCUUGACCGAGGAUGCGCCGGUAGUAACCGAGGGUGAGGUGGAUGCGCAAUCUUUCAACGCGGUUGAGGCUUGGAAGCAUUCUGACUUCCUUUGCCGAAACUACGUGUUGAACGGGCUGCAUGAUGCUCUGUAUGACGUGUAUAGUAAAUUAGCUACGGCUAAGGAGCUAUGGAAUGCUUUGAACCACAAAUAUAAGAGCGAGGAUGCCGGUGCAAAGAAAUUUGUUGUUGGUCGAUUCCUUGAUUUUAAAAUGGUGGAUUCGAAGACGGUCUUGAGUCAAGUUGAAGAAAUGCAAAUGAUCUUCAACGAAAUUCGAGAUGAAGGAAUGACGGUUAGCGAGUCUUUCCAAGUGGCGUCAAUUAUCCAUUUAUUGUCGCCGGCUUGGAAGGAUUUCAAGAACUACCUUAAGCAUAAGCGAAAGGAAAUGAACUUGGAACAGUUGAUCCUCCGUCUGCGGAUUGAAGAGGAUAAUCGGAAGAACGAUGGGAGACUCCCAAUCGUUAGCGGCGCCAAGGCCAAUGUGGUGGAGCAUGCAAAAGGCUCCAAAAAUAAAAAUAAUGGGAAGAGCAAGCUCGGUCCCAAGGGAGGCGUUUCCAAACCCAAAUUUAAUGGAAAAUGCUUCAAUUGCAACAAGAAUGGACACAAGUCCUCGGAUUGCAAGGCACCACGGAAGAAGAAAGACUCCCAAGUCAACUUGGUGCAAGGUGGGCAAAAGGAUGAAGACAUCAUCCUAGCGGCUGUGGUCACCGAAGUCAACCUCGUUGGAUUCAAUUCCAAGGAGUGGUUCGUGGACACCGGUGCAACCCGGCACAUUUGCUCUAACCGGGAGCUAUUCACAACCUUUGAGCCAUCAAAUGGUGAGAAGGUGUGGAUGGGGAAUUCUGCUCAUUCCGAGGUUGAAGGCAUGGGCAAGGUGGUCCUGAAGAUGACUUCGGGCAAGGAGCUGACUCUCAACAAUGUGUUGUACGUCCCGGAGAUACGCAAAAACUUGAUCUCAGGCUCUUUGUUGAACAAGCAUGGGUUCCGCAUGGUCUUUGAGUCGGACAAACUAGUCUUGUCCAAAUCGGGAAUGUAUGUGGGGAAGGGGUAUGCAGUUGAUGGGCUGUUUAAGCUCAAUGUAAUGACUGUUAUUAAUAAUAAUAAUAAAAUCUCUCCUGCUUACUUGCUUGAGUCUUCCAAUGUGUGGCAUGGUAGACUAGGACACGUUAAUUUUAAUUCUAUACGUAGAUUAAUUAACAUGGAACACAUUCCUAAAUUCACAAUUGAUGUGAAUCACAAAUGUGGAGUUUGUGUAGAGGCAAAACUAGCGAAAACGUCUUUCAAAUCGGUUGAAAGAAAAAUGGAGCCACUUGAAUUAAUUCAUAGUGACGUUUGUGAUUUUAAAUCAAUACAAACACGUGGCGGUAAUAAAUAUUUUAUUACUUUUAUCGAUGAUAGCACUCGCUAUAGCUAUGUUUAUUUAUUAAAAAAUAAACACGAAGCAAUCGAUAAAUUCAUUCUUUAUUAGAAUGAAGUGGAAAACCAACUUAAUCGACGGAUUAAAAUGGUUAGAAGUGAUCGAGGUGGUGAGUAUGAAGCACCAAUUGGUGACUUUUGCGCGAGCGUGGGUAUAGUACAUGAACGUACCGCACCCUAUUCACCUCAAUCAAAUGGUGUUGCCGAACGAAAGAAUCGCACAUUGAAAGAUAUGAUGAACGCGAUGCUAGUAAGUUCGGGCUUGCCACAAAAUAUGUGGGGCGAAGCAGUCUUGUCAAGCAAUUACCUUUUAAAUAAGGUUCCCCGAAAAAAAUAUGAUAAAACUCCGUACGAGUUGUGGAAAGGCAGACGGCCUGGGCCUUCCUAUCAAUAUUUAAAAGUGUGGGGGUGUUUGGCAAAAGUGCUUGUACCAACACCUAAGAAAAUAAAAACAGGUCCAAAAACGGUGGAUUGUAUUUUUAUUGGAUAUGCACAAAAUAGUAGUGCUUAUCGGUUUUUAGUAUACGAUUCGAAUAAUCCGGAUGUACAUGAAAACACUAUAAUUGAAUCAAGGAAUGCCUCAUUCUUUGAAGAUGUAUUUCCAUGUAAGUCCAACGAAGGACCUAGCACGUCAAAACGAACAUUUGACGUAGCUAUGGAAAAUACUAGCGAGGGAUCCGGUGAAGAACCCGAACCCCGACGUAGCAAACAUGCUAGAGUAGAAAAAUCCUUCGGAUCGGAUUUUCUCACAUACCUGGUAGAAUUCGAUUCGAAUAUUCUAACUUGUAUGGUAGAAAAUGAACCGGAUUUUCUAACAUGUUUGGUAGAAAAUGAGCCACGGACUUAUACGGAAGCCGUAACGUCUACCGAAGGACCGAUGUGGAAAGAAGCCAUCAAAAGUGAGGUGGACUCUAUCCUAAAAAAUCACACGUGGGAAUUGGUUGAUCUCCCUCCGGGAUGUAAACCUUUGGGAUCCAAGUGGAUUUUUAAACGUAAAAUGAAACCAGACGGUUCCAUUGAUAAGUAUAAGGCCAGACUUGUAAUCAAGGGAUACAAGCAACGCGAGGGCCUUGAUUACUUUGACACGUAUUCUCCCGUGACGAGAAUAAAUUCCAUUAGGAUGAUACUAGCGAUUGCCGCUUUGCGGAAUUUGGAAGUUCAUCAAAUGGACGUAAAAACCGCUUUUCUAAAUGGCGAUAUUGACGAAGAAAUCUAUAUGGAACAACCCGAGGGUUUUCGUGUUCCAAGCCAAGAAAACAAGGUUUGUAAAAUAAUUAAAUCAUUGUAUGGAUUGAAACAAGCCCCUAAACAGUGGCACGAAAAGUUCGAUCAUGCAAUGUUAAUUAAUGGGUUUAAGAUAAACGAAAGUGACAAAUGCGUCUAUGUGAAAAGCACGGUAGACGGCUAUGUCAUUUUAUGUUUAUACGUGGAUGAUAUACUCAUCAUGGGUAGCAAUAAUCAAAUGAUUAAUUCUACCAAAAGCAUGUUAAAUUCUAAGUUUGACAUGAAGGAUAUGGGGCUGGCCGAUUUAAUCCUUGGGAUUAAAAUAAUUAGAGGACCUGACGGUCUAACGCUAAGCCAAUCCCAUUACGUUGAUAAAAUCCUUACUAAAUUUAAUAAGGAUGAUUAUCAAGAGGCAAGGACGCCAUUAGAUAAAAACACUCAUCUUACCAAAAAUCGUGGAGAGUGUAUUUCUCAAGUAGAAUACGCUAGGAUUAUUGGAAGUUUGAUGUAUCUAAUGAGUUGUACCAGGCCUGAUAUUGCCUUUGUGGUUAGUAAGCUUAGUAGAUAUACUAGUAACCCCGGUGAUGAACACUGGAAGGCAAUAGUGAGGGUUUUGAGGUAUUUACGCAAAACCCAAAACCUUGGACUGCACUAUGGAAGAUAUCCAGCUGUACUUGAAGGGUAUAGCGACACUAGUUGGAUAUCUGACAUUAAGGACUCAAAAUCCACAAGUGGAUAUGUGUUCACUUUGAAAGGUGCAGCCGUGUUGUGGAAAUCCUCGAAACAAACGUUAAUAGCUAGAUCCACGAUGGAAUCCGAGCUAACAGCCUUGGAUAAGUGCACUGAAGAGGCUGAAUGGCUACGCCAUUUUCUUGAGGAUAUUCCAAGUUGGGAGAAGCCUGUCCCUCCAAUAUGCAUACAUUGUGAUUGUCAAGCGGAAAUUGGAAGGGCACAGAGCAAUCUCUACAAUGGUAAGUCUAGACACGUUCGUCGUAGACAUAACACCAUUAAACAACUCCUCACAACGGGUAUUAUCACCGUUGACUACGUGAAGUCAAAGGAUAAGUAGCGGAUCCGCUAACCAAGGCAUUGGAUAGAGAAUUGUUGGAGAAGUUAUCACGAGGAAUGGGACUAAAGCCCGUAAAUUGAAAAGUUCUAUAGUGGAUACCCAACCUAGUUGGUCCUAGGUUCAAAAGGGACAACUAAAUUAUAGAGCGAAGGAUGGUCACUGUGGGGGUCCCGGACUCCUACCCACUCCUCGUUGAAACAGUGACUCCCGCACGAGGUUAGAAAAAACGUUUGCUUUAAUGAUUCUAAAAUGUUGAUCUACUCGAUAACAUUGGAAGAGUAUGCGGGAUACUCAUGAAAGAAUCACCUAUGUGAGAGAGAAGAGGGCCGCUUCAAAGGAGAACUGUAAUGGCUCAGUUCUUUAGAAACUCUUGCAGAACCAGGACGGUGACCCAUGGCCAAAACGGGCACACCCAUGAGAACGGAACAAAGUUGGAAGGCUCUUGUGUAAAGACAAGUCAAUGUUUACACGACGGCAGUAUAGUUCAAGGACAUCGAGUCUACUAGACAGCCAGUAAAUAAACGUGUCUUUACAGCGGAAGGUUCAAAGGAUAAAACCCACCUCUCCGUGUGCAGGGAUCAUCCGGUGAACACAACGUGUCCUCCUAUCUUCGUGUCUUUUUAAGUCUCGAAAAUCAAUUUUCAUUCAUGUGGGGGAUUGUUGGAAAAAGUGUGUUAAAAGUGUAUUAAAUGGUCAUUUUGGGGCAAUUAUUUGAGUGGGGUCCACUUCCGAUUUGGGUCGGGUCAAAGUGGUUUCGGAUUGUCCUUGCUAAGGGCUACAAUUCGAUAUAUGGUACACUCAAAACGGAUAACGGGUGAAUGAGAAAUUGUUUUUCGAAGUUUACCCGUUGGAAUGGAGAAAACUAGGAAAAUGUGGGUUUUAGUGUGGGUUCUUUCCCACACCGAAAAUCACAAGGGAAUUUGAACCCUUUAUAAAGUGAAACCCCCCCUAAGGAGUUAAGAUUCCUAAAGGGAAAGGCUCUCUCACGCGCGCAGGGGGGUGCGAAUCAAAUCCCGAAACCGAAGAACAAAAACCGCGACUUGGGUUGUUUUGGGUUGUUUAAGGACUAGAAUCAAUGCCCAACGUUUAGGACAUUGAUGUCCAACGAUCAUAACCAUUAAACAGCCAUUAACACACCUUAAUCCACCCCUAUAAAAGGCUAGUAGGUGCUUUGCAAAGAAACGACCUUUCAUUCACUUCGUUCACGUAUUUUCAUAGCUAAAACAACACCUCUAGCACUCCAUACAAAUUCCUUCGGUGUUCUGCUUUUGUUCACGUUCGUUGGAACUUUAGUUUGAGUGCUAAACUAUUGUUCGAAGUCAUCGUAUCCUGGGAAACGAUCGUUGCAAUGCUCCUAACACCCCGGGAGGCAACGAAUACGUUUUAAGGAAAUCGUGCGUAGCACGAGCUUUGGCUUAUUCUGCUUCAUCUCAUUUCUUGUUUGUGUUUAAGUCAUUUUAUUUAAUUAAUCUUUAUUAAUUAAUUUUCUUUGUUUUUCGAAACACACCUAACACUCUGUUAUGCUUUUUUUUAUGAGAAGAGUGUUUCAGUGUCUAUAUUGGCAAACUGUCAACACAGACGAAUUGGACAACAUAUGUGCUCAAACCAUAUCUCAUGUGGUCCCACAAAAGCUAUGGUUCUAAUUUCUAAACACAAGGGAACUUUACAAAUUUAUUAGUUACUGAGAGCUAAUUUAAAGGAGACUGAUAUUUGUCAGACAAUUAAUCAAUGCCUGAGCAUUUUUAAAAUUCGGAUAUGCCCUUUCAAUAUCAGCUUCAAAUAUCAAAAUGAUUUUAUAAACCACAACAUGUUUUAAUUUUGAGAAGAUGUUUGGUUUUUCAAAACCUUCAAUGACGUCAAUUUCUAAUUUUACUGUAGUGAAUUCUGAAAAUGUCAAAAACUUGUCCGAAAAUAGAGCUUUAUCGUAAAAGUCAUAUUCCUUUUAUUUGUUUUUAUUUAAGAGAGGAAACUUGUAAAACCAAUAGACUUAAAGGUUUGGACAGUCACCUAUACAUGGUUCUACUUGCUUGCUCAAUGUGUUGCUUGAGUACUAGGAUCAUCCUGGAAUAUCAACCCAUAUCAUCCUGGCAUACCUUCUAAAAUAGUUUUCCAGAUUAACUUCAAAAAGUCCUAGGGUAUAUUUACAUAUGAAAGAACGAAGAAUUUAGUCUCUUUUGGUCUUCUUAAUGGGUUCAUGUGUUCUGCUAUUCCUCAUUUUAUAAUGUUCUUUCCUUCUGAAAAUUUCCCUGCACUUUUUGGGUUGACUUGCAUAUUAAUGAAAGAUUGGUGUAAAUACCUUUGAAAAUUUUGAAUGUUUUAAAAGAACUAUAUAAUGUUGUGAAUUCAUUAGAUAAAGUGGAUGACUCUAUAUGAGAUCAAUUGAGUCCAUAUAAUGCAUUAUAGAUUAAAGGAUUUAUCACUAUUUUCACUAAGAAUCAAUUCAUUUUAUUUGUUUUGAUUUUUAAUAUUAACUACCCAAAUGAAUCUUCUGUAGUACAAGCAUAUUUACUCGGUGAAACUUUCUUAUUCUCAUUUUCAAAUUUUAGUGACUUAAAAGAUUGCUAUUUUUAAACACCAUUUUCAAAUUUUACUCACUUGUGAUCUUUGCAUUUGAAAAUUUUUUAACGUAUGUUAAAAUAGCUUACACUGAAAUAGACAUUUACAAAUUUACCACUUAAAAAAAUGUACUACACCUCAACUUAGGUGUUAUCUUUAUUAAGGUCUUCUGUGAUGCUUUUUCCUCGAUCGAGAGGAUGCUUUAGUGUCUAUUUUAUAACUAAUUUUUAGAUAAACACAGUUCGGCAAAACCACUGCAAUUGAAUUAGAUAAAAACAAACCAUGUUCAACUUUUUUAGUUGUUGAAAUCAGCGAGGAAAGCAUAGGCCUAACAAAUUAGUACCCAGGCCACUACACAACUAAUCAGGUCUAACACAUGUUUUUAAACUUUAAGGUAGUCCAAACUUUAAGGUGUCCUGUAUCCCUUUAAACUUCUUCUCUAAAUAACUCUUAGGCAUUUAGGGUAAUCUUUGAUUCUCAAAAAAUGCAUGAGUUUAUUCUAAAUGUAUGUGACCAACUUACUAACCUAAUCAUCUAUAUUGUAUUUCCUUCAAAUAAUACAACCUUGUGAAACAAAUCACAAAGGAAAUAAAAGAAUUAAAAAUGAGUACAAAUAAAAAAAGUUACUACGGAAUAUAUAAAUUGAAACACUUUAUCAUCAAAGAAAAUAAAUUCAUAACUAAAUUCAAAUAAUAUUUAGUGUGACUAAUUUACUACUACGUAUAUUGUUGUGAUGAACUAUUAUUUCUUUUUUUAUUAACAAAUGACUAGUGAAUAAAGUUACUCUAUUUUACAAACGGAGUUAACUUUUUUUCAGGUUCUCUUGAAGAAGUAUUAGAAGUUGUCAUUUCAAAGAGUUGUUUUGUUGCGAUGAACUUUAAAUUAAUAUUAUUCAAAAAAUUAAUAAAAACUUAGGUUGCAUUUUUAGUGUUAUUGUCUAUAAAGAAACAUUGCAGAUUUCGAGUUGAAAAAAAUUUCAAAUGAAGAUUACCACACAAUAAUGUGUUGAGAGAUAUGCAAAUGUUGGGCAUUAUUAGCACUAGUGCGUACCCGCUAGUACUAACUAUAAAGAGUUGGACUUGGGGUACACACUUUUUUGUUUACACACUUUUUACACAUGUUUGUGUAAGGUUUUUUUAUGCCUGUACAGACAUAACGUAUUUUUACACUUUUUAAAAUACGUUAUGUCUGUACAGACAUAAAAAAACCCUUACACAAACAUGUGUAAAAAGUGUGUAAACAAAAAAGUGCUUAACUUUACGAUUUUUCAACCGUAAAUGGUUGUGGAGCCCAGGGGAUGCUGCAACGUCCCGUUCCAUCUUAACACCGAGUAACUACUCCCUCCAGUUUCCAUCAAUUGCCCGCUCCAUCUAACCUCCACUGCAAAUCAUGGCUGCGAAAUCGCUGCUGAUGGCAUCCCUCCCGCUCCUCCUCCUCCUCACCCUCUCCUUUGCCGCUCACGCUCGCUUCAUCGUCGACCGUUCUUCCGAUCUCUUGUCGGACGGGUUAUACGGCGCUGAUCGCGGAUCGGAUAUAAUCCACCCAGUUUUCGAGGCUACAGAGGAGAUUUGCGGGCAGACCUACGGCUUUUUGCCUUGUACGAACACUGCUCUGGGAAACCUUUUCCUGAUUCUCAUCUAUGGAUACCUCAUGUUCCUUGCCGCCACCUACCUGUCCUCCGGCAGUGAGCUGCUGCUUGAGAUUCUCGGUCCCGGUCUUAUUGGCGGUCUCUUCCUCCCUAUGCUCGGUGCUCUUCCUGAUGCUAUGCUCAUCUUAGUGUCUGGAUUAUCGGGAAGUGUUUCAGAAGCUCAAAGUCAGGUUUCUGUUGGAAUGGGAUUGUUAGCAGGGUCAACUGUGAUGCUUCUCACAGUGAUAUGGGGAACCUGUAUUUUGGUAGGGAAGUGUGACAUUCAAAACUCUGUUGCUGUCGACUCCAAAGACACUAAAGGGUUCAGCCUCACAGGCUCUGGGGUUACCACUGAUUUGUGGACUAGCUAUGCUGCAAUUAUCAUGGCGGUCUCCGUGAUGCCAUUUGUGAUUGUGCAACUUCCGCAGAUGCUCCAUUCUUCCUCAGGAAGGCACUUAGCUGUUUUAAUUGGUCUCAUACUGUCGGUUUCACUUUUUGUCACCUAUUGCGUUUAUCAGAUCUUUCAGCCUUGGAUACAAGAAAGGCGACUUGCGUAUUUAAAGCAAAAACAUGUCAUAUCUGGAGUUCUGAAACAUUUGAAAAGGCAUGCAUUAGGGAGGCUUUACACAGAAAAUGGAGUACCCGAUCGUGUAGUUUUGAGAAAGCUCUUUAAUACUAUAGAUUCUAACGGGGAUGACAAACUCUCGCAUUCUGAAUUGCGAGCCUUGCUUGUGGGAAUCCGUCUUGAAGAGAUUAACCUAGAAGAAAAUGAUGCUAUAGCGAAUCUUAUGAAGGAUUUUGACUCCUCAAAUAACAAUGAAGUUGAUUUUGAAGAGUUUGUUUCUGGAGUUGAUAAAUGGCUAGAUGAGGUUCAAGCUUCCAGAGCUGCACCAGGAACAUUUAAGUAUCUUGAGGAUUACCAUGAGCAAACUAGAAGGGAGCACUAUCUAUUAGGCACUGGAGGGAACCAAAGUGAUGAAGGAGAUGAGGUAAUUGAUAGUCCGAAAUGGACCUCAAUUAAGGCUGUAUUGUUCUUGUUGCUCGGGACAGCCAUUGCAGCUUCUUUUGCUGAUCCUCUGGUAGACGCAGUUGAUAAUUUCUCUAGUGCCACAAAUAUCCCGACUUUCUUCAUUUCCUUCAUUGCCUUACCGUUGGCAACUAACUCAAGCGAGGCUGUCUCUGCCAUCAUCUUCGCCAGCAGGAAAAAGCUUAAAUCUGCUUCUUUAACGUUUUCUGAGUUAUAUGGAGCAGCAACUAUGAACAACGUCCUUUGCCUUUCAGUAUUCCUGGCUCUUGUUUAUGCCAGAGGAUUAACAUGGGACUUCUCUUCCGAAGUUCUGGUAAUUCUUAUAGUGUGCAUUGUGAUGGGUAUUUUCGGGAGUACUCGUUCAACAUUCCCGCUCUGGACUUCCUUCAUAGCGUUUUCUCUGUACCCCUUAUCCAUCGCGUUGGUGUAUGUGUUAGAUUAUGUGUUUGGUUGGUCAUAGAUAGUCUUCUUGUCCACAGCUCUGUUUGGUUUCAUAGAUAACGUUCGUCUAUGAACACACAUCCUCUUAUUAACAUAUUGCUUGCUUUGAAGUUCGAAGUGUGUUCCAUAGGCGAUGCUUGGCAAACGUUGUUGCAAGUUUCUUUUUACCCACUGAGGACAUUUAUGCAUAAGUUAUCUCGGUUUUAUUGUUCCAUUUUCAUACGUUGGCUCUUCAUCCU